AUGAGGGCAAUCUUAUUUCUAUUAUUAUUUUCUUUAUUUCCAACAAAAAAUGAGUCAACAAUAAAUAAAAAUGGAUAUUCAUCAAAAGUGAUGUUAAAAUACGAAAUAAAUUCAUUUUUAAAUUCAUUCCAACAAAAAUACAACUCGUUUUUGGAGGUUAAAGGCGAAAAUAAAAUAAUUUGGGAUAAAAUAAUAGACAAAAAUUAUUUUCUAAAAAUGUGCCUGAUUAGUGAAAAUUUAAAUUUGGAAGAUAAAAUAAAAGAAAUUAAAUCCGACAUUUCUUUAUUUCUUUCGAAUGGGUAUCAUAAAAAUAUCCCUUAUAUUAACACUCCAAUUAGAUUGAAAAUGGCAACGUUGGGAUUGAAUGAAUUGGAAUUAUUUGGUCAUAUGAUGGAAUUUAUGAGAAAAUAUUUGAAUUUUGAUGAGGGAAAUAAUUUGAGUGAUGAUGUGGAAGAUUCCAAUUUUUCGAGAAAAAAAUGGGACUUGCCGGAGAAGUUUACUUCUUUAAAAAUAAAUUCUUUGGAAAAUAAAAAUAAAAAGGAUUCGGAUAUUUCUGAUGAUGAGGAAGUUAUUAAGGAAGUUGUUAGUGAAACUAAAAUAGAAGGGAAACCUGUAGAGGAGGAAGAACAUGGAAUUUUGAAUAUUGAAGUUUCGGAAGCUCAUCAAGCCUCAUCAUCAGGUUUUUAUUCUUUAUCAAAAAUAAAAAUAGAGCGGGGUAUUGUUUAA